AUGGCGCAGAAAGGAAGAGGAAAGGGCAAGGGUCCCGAGCUUGUAUUCGAUGACAAGGCACGAGCCGAGUAUCUGACUGGAUUCCGUAAACGUAAGCAAGAACGAAAGCAGGCCGGCAGAGACUACCUCGCAAAAAAGGCCAAGGAAGAGCAACUGGCUACGCGCAAGGAGCUUCGCGAGGCUCGCAAGCAAAAGGCUGCCGAAAAUGUGCGAGAGCAAAGAAAGGCUUUCGGUCUCGAGGCCGAGGGAGAGUCGGAUCUUGACGGCGCCGCAGGUUUGGAUGACGAUCAAGAGAUCGACGAGGACGACGAGGAUGCUGUUCCACCGAUUCAACAGCAAGAGUACGAUUCGGAUCAACAUCACACCCAUGUUGUCGUCGAGUCCUUCGAUCCAGAGCAAGAGGCGUUCGAAAAGGCAACUGCGGCCGCAUCCACUCCAGCAAAACCAAAAGCAAAUGGUGCGUCUGCCACUGCACCCUCCAAAGUAGAGGUUCUUCCACCUUCCUCCCGCCGCGUCAACAAAGCUAAGGCCAAUGCGAGUCUCUCUCCCCUCCUCUCGCAACCUUGCACUCGUCCCAUGAUCAACACGCUGACAACGUCUUCUCCCCUUUUCAUUCGACCAACAACAGGCCAAGGCAAAGAAACGAGUGAUCCACACCAAGAAGAAAAUGUCGCGCAGAAAAGACUCCACAUCUCGGGGCUCACAGCCUCGUUCUCGCAAGAGGAUCUAGUGCGUCGCUUUUCCACCUUUGGCACCGUAGUCGCUCUUGAUGGUCUUGGCAAGCGUGAUGCUGUGGGACAGUUGCAACCGUACGCAUACCUGACCUUGCGAGCACCAGCGCAACAGAUCCACCGCUGCAUCAACCUAUUGUCCGGAUCCGUAUGGAAAGGUGCCACUCUGCGCAUCGGAGAAGCCAAGCCCGACUACCAACAACGUAUCCUGCUCGAAAAUCAAAAGCGUCGGCAAGAACAGGAGGAAAACCGAAAAAACCCCAAGAAAACCAAACGCCUACCACCAGGGAUGGGCUUCGAGAGCUCGCAUAUGGAUCCGGUCGAUGAAAAACUUGUUGAGAACGGGCUGGCUUGGGGUUGGAAGCGUACGCCCGCAGGACACCUCGUUCGUCCACUGCGUAUGCGACCUACCCACCCACUACCUAAACCAUCUCGCCUAUCCACGCUGUCAAGAGCCAACGUCACCGACGCCACCGAUGCCACCCAAAGCGAUCAGGAUGAGCAACAACAAGCCGCGUCCAGCAGACGUGCGCGUGUCAAUCCUCGCCCUCCGACCAAAGCACACCGAAUCACGAUCGACCCCACCCGAUACGGCUCUAUCCAUCUUUCCGGUCCGCUGCUCGAAUCGCUUGCCGCUGAGACGCGCUCGUCUUCCGACGCUUUCGACGCUUCUUCGCUCGGUCCAGGCGAAUGGCACUGCGAAGAGAUCCAUUACGACGAUGCAGCUCAAGCGAGCGACCAAGUUGAUCAUCGAUUGGUCCGAUGGCAAUACACUGCAAAAAAUGGUAAAGUGUUGCACGAGGAAUUCACCAAGAUCCCAGUUCGAAUUGUGCACAGGCAGUCGGCCAUUUCAGCUACCCUUCAAGACGCAGAGGAUGUCAUGGCGCAGCUCGAUUUUGAUAAAUUCUCGGACGCUGCCAGCGACGAUGAUCUCUUUGCCGGGUUCGCUUCUUCGAUCACCCCAGCGAAGCAGCACUUCGAGCCAGAGGCAUCUUCGAGCACUGAAGCGAGAAAAGUCAACGACGCUGUCGACACGACCGAUAUCGACGAUCUGUUCGCCGACCUUGCCUCGUCGAUUGUCCCUGCAACCAACGUUAACGAUCUGUUUUCAGACUUGCCCUCGAUCGCCACAUCUGUGCCGCCAACCAAUCGCGUCAAGGUCGACACUGUGGCCGCUUCGACACGGACGUCGUCCGAGAAAAUUCAAGGAUCGUUCGUUCCUGGUUUGGACCCAGAAGAAGAUGACCCUGCCAACUUUUCAGACGGGUACGACGAGGCGGCUGCAGGAGCACUUUCAAGCCACAUCAAGCAGAUCGACGCGCAAGAAGAGCGACAAAAGACGCUCGCGCUAUUGGGCGAGAUGUUUGGGUCCGGUUUCGAUGACGGCACGUACAACGCAAGUGUGGAUCAAGUGGGGCAGGAAGAAGCACCCGAGUCGUCGUGCAAAUCAGCGAAGUCCAGCUCCGAUUCGGAUAGCGAUUCUGAAGAUGCAGAGCAGAGCACUUCGCCUGGCUCGAGCUCGAGCUCGAGCUCAGCCAGCGAGGUGGGUGACGUAGAAAUGGUUGUUGAAGCCGAGAAUCCUGAGGCUGAAGCGGUCGAAGCAGAGGCAGAUAGCGAGGACGAGCAAGAAAAUUUCAUGGCCGACGAGCCUAGCAGCGCGGUCGCGAUCCAAGUCAGUAGCGCGCCUCUAGACGCAAAGUCUCGUCGUGCAGCUUUGCUUCUGUCACCUUCAAAGGUUACAAAUGGCGAGUCGAGCGAGGCGACUGGGAGCUUUGUGCCCAUAGCGCGUUUCGACCCUGGCACGCGUAGCACUGUCGACCGCGACGUUGAUGCCGGUAUCGGCCCCGUAGCGCCGCAAGCAACACGAGCUCGAUCGCUGUCUUUGCCGCAACCAAGCAACACCGUGUCAGCGGCGCCACACGUGGAGCAAGGAACGCACGUGUCCAUGUCGACGUUGAAGGAAAUGUUCAAGCCGCAAGAUCGACCGUCUGCGUCUGCGGUCACCACUGGGUUUAGCGUGGGUCUCGGUGUAAAUGCCAAUGAUGCGCGCGCUGAUGGUGGGCAAGGCUUUUCGCUGAUGGACUCGCUCGGAUUCGAGUUCGAGCUAGAAGAAGAGCAAGAGCAGGAGCCUCGGUCUGAGCUGUAUGCUACUGCUUCUCUCUGGUCGAAUUCCGGUUCCUCGCGAUUCCAACCCACGGCAACAGCCACCGCAUUGUCGGUCGAACAAUCAGAGCAACCCAAGAAGCUUGCGCCGUUCUUCCCAUCAUCCUCCACCGCAUCCUGGAACGGCACAGAUGGCCAAGCAUCCGUCCAGCGCUGGUUCAAGCCAAGAUCGCACCACCAAAAGCAAGCCGACUGGACCAAGUACAAAGAAUCCCUAACGCGGGUCGUCAAGAAACGUCACAGAGAGGCCGCGCGAAAACACAAGCGCAACUUUACCACCAUCUCGCACCAGCACAAUGCUUCACUCACAUCAAAGUUGACCCCACCAUGA